AUGAUCUUCGACCGUUGCUGCUCCUGCUGCUGGUGGUUCCUGGUGGUGUCGCUGACGUUCGUUGCGGCCCUGAACGAGCACAGCAUCGUCGAGAAGAGUGUCAUCCAAGCGCAGCAGGAAUGCGUGGAGUACCUGAAUCUGCCGCGCCACCGACUGUACGAGUAUCUGGGGAGGAACUAUGCGAACGACGCCAAAACUGAGUGCAUGAUCCGGUGCGUCGGACUGAACCUGGACUGGUGGAGCGGCAGUGGGGUCCUGAACGAGCACGUCAUCGCCCAGUACUUCUUCUCGGACGACGGAGACGAGCACUACGCAAGUCGGACGAAGGCCUGCCUCAAGCACCGAGUGACCGCCAACAGCUCCCUGUGCGGCAAGGCGUUCGAAGUGUUCCAGUGCUAUCUGGAGCAGUACGGAGAGUUGCUGAACUGCCCGAAGGUGGUGCCACUGGGCGACGAGCGGUUGACCGAGAGUGUCCACUUCUGUCUCGACACGCUGGAGAUUCCUCUGGCCGAGUUCAGUCAGUCCUGUGGCGUGGAAGGCUUCAAGGGCUCGGAACGAUCCCGGUGUCUGCUGCGCUGUAUCGUGAUCCGCUCCGGCCUCUACACGGAUCAGUACGGGGUCCACUCGGAGCGCUACCAGCUCCAGUUUGCGCGGGAAUUCAACGGAAAGUGGGACGACCUGGAACGGGACGUUUGCGCCACUCGUCUGCGGCGCGAAGGACACGACGAGUGCUCGCUGGCAUCGCACAUCCUGGACGAUUGUUACGACUUUAAGACCACGCUUUUACCCGCUUUAAACCGCACCCUGCUGUUGUUGAAGCCCCUCAUGACCCAACCGGAGCCAACCAAAGGAACUACACUCCGAUCGAGUAAACAAAAUAAACCAACCUAA